AAUUAGAUAGAAGAUCUCCAUCCGGGUGUCUGACAAGGUUAUAGUCUCCUUGCAGUGCGAAGUCAACAGAGUGGACUAGGUAGGAGCUUAACAUGGAGAAACCAACAUUUCAACAGCGCUUGAAAGAUGUAGGAUUAUUCCUUUGGAAUCAUGAGACGAAAGAGUUUUUGGGCAGAGGUGGUAGAAGCUGGGUUGAAAUAGGCAUCUUCUAUUUCGUUUUCUAUGGAUGCCUAACUGGAUUUUUCAUUGCUACUAUUGCUGUUUUCUAUGAGACUAUUGACCAAGAUAGUCCCAGGCUACAAGGAGACAGUAGUUUACUCAGAGGGAAUCCAGGAAUGGGUUAUCUACCUAUGCCAAUAAUUGAAAGUACAUUAAUUAGAGUGACAAAUGAUCCUGAUGAUAUUCAGGCUUAUGAGAAUAGCACUAAAGAACAGCUGCAAGAUUACAGAAAUCCUGAUGCUUUAGACAGUGUAAAUUGUUCAGGAAUAGAUAAGCCAAGAGUUGAUGGAGAUAAACCCUGUCAAUUUAGCUUCUCAGAAUUGACACAGGAGUGUAAUGAAAACAAUAACUAUGGCUUUUCAUCUGGUCAGCCAUGUGUGUUGCUAAAGCUGAACAAGAUUUUUGGGUGGACCCCAAAUCCUUGGUCUGUUGAUGAGGUUCAGACAGUGUCCCGGAUACCAGAGAGCAUUAAGUCAAAAUAUACCCCUGAUCUAAUCUGGGUUGACUGUCAUGGAGAGAAUCCUGCUGACAAAGAUAAUUUAGGAACAGUUGAUGACAUUGAGUAUUUCCCUAGACAGGGAUUCCCUGUGGCCUUUUACCCUUAUAGAAAACAAAAGGAUUACCGUGCUCCACUUGUGUUUGUGAAAUUUAACAAUGUUACAAAACAUGUAGGCAUUAUGAUUGAAUGUGUUGCAUUUGACAGAAACAUUGAAUUGGAUAAAACUGAGAAACAGGGGAGUGUUCACUUUGAGCUCAUGGUAGAUGUUUAUGAACAAAUUAUGUCUGCUGCAAAAAAACAACAACAACAACAAAGCAGAGCACAAGAAGCGGAGAUAGGGCUCUUUUAUUUGGUCUACUAUGCUUGUCUGACUGGUUUUUUUGCUGCAACCAUUGCAGUAUUUUAUGAAACUAUUGAUGCAGACAAUCCUAGGCUACAAGGAACCAGUAGUUUAUUGAAAGCUAAUCCAGGAAUGGGAUUCAAGCCCAUGCCAGACAUUGAUACCACCCUCGUCCACUCAAAAAUUAAUGGUGAACAUCAAAAACUCUAUAUUGAAAAUAUUAAAAAAGUUCUUGAUACCUACCAGAACCAAAACUUUAAAAAUGAAGAUUGCAGCCAUGUCAAGACUCCACGUGUAAAAGAAGACACAGCUUGUGAGUUCAACUACACUGCCCUAACAUCACAAUGCAAUGAGGCCAAUGCUUUUGGCAUGGCUGAGAAUAAGCCUUGUGUUUUGCUGAAGCUAAACAAGAUAUAUGGCUGGGUACCCGAAGUUUGGAGCAAAGAGGAAGCAGCAACAGCUGGUCUUCCUGAACAAAUAAAAAAAAAUUAUACAGAUGACCGUAUUUGGAUUGAUUGCCACGGAGAGAACCCUGCUGACUGGGACAAUUUGGGAGAUGAAGAUGACAUCCAAUAUUUCCCACAACAAGGGUUUCCACUGGCAUUCUUCCCUUACAAAAAACAAAUGAAUUAUCGUUCACCAUUAGUGUUUGUCAAAUUUAACAAAGUUACCCCUCAUGUAGGUAUUAUGGUUGAGUGCAAAGCUCUGGCUAAAAAUAUCGAAGUAGACCGAACAGAGAAGGAAGGCAGUGUGCAUUUUGAAUUGUUAGUAGAUAAUUAAAACCACUAAUUGCCAGUGAUCUUUUUUAGUUUAUUUUGGUUGUUGUUGUUUCAUGGUUAGUUUGUCUUGUACUGUUCCAUGUAUGUGUUUCAGUGUUAGGCUUUACUUAUUAUAAUGUCAUUAGAAGUAUAUCUCCCUUUUUUAAAAAAAAACAAAUACUGUAUAUUUAGUAUUAUAAUUUCAAGUAUUAUUUCUGGUUUGUUUUUCUUGACCACUCUUGUCACAUUUGUAUUUGUGGUCGUCUUAGUUCACUUCAUUAUUACAUCUUGUUCAUAGCCAUUUCAUUCACGAGUCACACAAACUUCAUUUGUGAUUUCAAAAUGAAUUGGCUAGGGCUGAUUAAGUGAAGUGGUUCUGUUAGUGCAUUCAAGUAUCCUGGUUAUAUAUCAGGUGAAGGCAUUUAAGUAUGCACACUUUUCCAGCUCCCACUUAAUGGUAAACCUUGCUAUGUGAAACAUUAUUUGGUUUCUAUAAUAGUCUUCACCAACAGAUGCAGAUAGUACUGGAUGUCUGUCCCUGCUUUGAAUCACAUUCCCUUUUGUUUGAUUAUUGUUGCUUAUUGUCCAUCCUAUUCACUUUUUCAUUUGAAAUGUUCAUGAGUAAUAUUCUUUAUAUUUUUGUUUUUAUUUCUGUUUAUAAGGCUUGCUUAAAUUAGAUUAAUUUAAGUAGGCCAGUUCAAGACUUGUAAUUCAUUACUCGGAUUUAACAUAAUGUGAUUUUUUUUUCUUAUUUUGUAUCUAGCUAAUUCUGGCUUUGUUUGGCUUUUGAUUUCUUUCAUAAUAGUCAAUAUUUAUAUCUGUUGAGAGACUAAAUGCUGUUUGUUACAUAAUAGCUGAUGCAUAAGUCAUUUAAAAUUAAAAUCUUUUUCAUAUAGUUGUUAUUUUGUUUUAAAUUUAUUGGCCAACCCAAACUUAAUAUAUAAAAUGCUUCAUGUACAAAUGCCAUUUUUUUUAUCCCUAAGUAGCACAUGAAAGCUGCCAUUUAUUCUAGAUCAUAUGCUGUGUAUAGACUGUUGUCUAGUCCAAGUGUUUGGUUUAUCAUUAGAUGACCUGUAAUGAAACUGACCUGUAUAUUGUUCAACUUGUCUGGUGUUCUGUUUCAAUCAGUUCCUAGUUGUGUUUUGUUUGAUUACAAGGUUGUACUCUAUGCACAUGUGUAUUUCACUUUUGUCAUUGUUUUCGGAGCUGCCAUUGAAUUUUGAAAAUGACUGCUCUUUAUUUUAUUUUUUGAAGCAUUGAAAUCAAUUGCUUAGAUCAAUAGUAAGGCAUUGUGUGUACUAUAGUACUGUGUAUUUAUAGUAUGUUCUAACUUAGGUUUAUUGUGUGAUCGUUGACCAUAUGAACAAAAUGGGAUUAUGUUAUGCUUGAAUUCUGCGAAGAUGUAUCAAUAGACAUGUUUUACGUCCACUCAUUCAAACAAAAAGUAAUCUCAAACUUUGAUGCCAUAGUGCAUACGGAUAUUAAGCAUUUCAAUACAUUUUUUAAAAAUAAUGUUUACACUAUUUUAUUACAUUUUUAUUUUGAAUGCUAUACUUUAGUGUCACAGAACCAAUGAUUGUCCAAUGUUUAUUGCUAGUUAUGCUAGUCACUUUUUAAGUACUGGCUUGUAGUCACUCUAACAAGUUGUACACAUUGAAUCUCGAAGCUUAGAGAACUUUGUGCGAGGUGCAAAACAUUCCCAAGUUCUGAAAGUGAAAACUUGCUCUCUCAGCACACAAUCUAUGAGGCAGGCUAGUCUCUCGUUUUGAACCUGAUUUCAUUGUAGAUGUACUUUAUAAUGAACAGUGCACACUUCCUUGUGAAGUGUGCGUUUGUGUCAAGACCUCUUUACAUGAUGACUGAACUCUUCCAUUAGAAUUUAUGAAAUUCAAAUCUUGUUAUACAUGUCAUGUUUUUUGUUUUUGGCUAUGUAUCUUAGAGGACGUGGAGAAGUGUGAGAACGAGGCAGUCAAACAGAAGCAUGAAACAUUUUAUGUCUGCACAGUGUGUCGAGGCAUAGUGUGAUCGUUUCAAGGGUACAAAGGCGAGUCUAUUUUACUAGUUGUAGUAAGGGAAACAUGUUUUUUUUUUUUUGAAGCUGUGACGUAUUGAAUACCAUUUUCUAAUUAGUCUGGGAAGGUGAGCGAGUGAAGAUGGCUUAUUUUAAAUUCAAUAAUGGUAUUAGAAAGUUGUUUAGUCGGAACUAUUUUAAAUUUCAUAAAUAUAUGUGAAAUGAAAUAAAGACAAUUUCCAAAUUUUU